AAAAACAUAGUGGACAAAAAAUAGAUGUUUUUUAAACACAAAAUUCAUGCUACUAACAAAGCUGUAUGCCCAUGUUACAAAUACCUUUGUGAGAUUUUUAUUAAACAUAUGCAUAAGCAUACUUCUGUCUCAUUUUUUGUAUUAGAAAUGUAUGAGCAUAUGAAAAAUAAAAUCUUUCCAGUGUCAAUAAUACAUGAUGAACAGUAUGAGUUGUAUUUUUUGUAGGAAUAUUGGUAAAUGAUGAUCUUGAAUUCUACACCAUGUGAAGGAAAAAAGGCUGGAUAUUAGUAGGCUGAUUAAAGGUAGACCAGUCAUGAUGCUUCAUGGAAUUAAAUAUACUAAUCAGAUUCUGAGCUUAAGGGACAGAAAUAGAAAAAGAAGUGGAGCAAGACUGUGAACAACAUUGCUCUCUCUCUUAUCUUUAAUUUCAGGAUAGGUAAUUUUAUUGGCUAAGACUUUUCAGAUACAAUUGACAAAUAUAAAGCCUGAGUGAGUUGAGUUACUAUUUUUCAUAUUUGCUUCAGCUGUUAAGAGUUAAAUAAGCAGUAGUCUUUUUUUGCUUCAGUGAUUGGAAGGGUAGAUGUACGCUGCAUAUCAUUGCCAACUGGGGUUGACAGUACAGAAGUGGAUAAGUCCAAAGGAAAAAAAAAAAUGAACUUGUUAUCCUAUUAAGCCUCAGCAAGACGGCUAGCACAACCCUUAAGAGCUUAGAAAAGCAAACUAUUCACAGAGUCUAUAAUAGCAAGCAAGCAUCUGUGGAGAAUGAAUCUUCGCUUAUAGUAACAAAGCGUGGAGCCCAGAUGCCCUCAGGUCUUAGAAAUGAGUAGAAAAAGAAGAAAAAGCUACAAGGGCAGAAAAAAUUCUGAUUCCAGAGAAUAUGAAGAGUUGUCACUCACUUGUAAAUGCCAGCAAAAUGUAGAAAACCAGGAAAAUAAAGCAAAUGAAUCUCUGGCUCACUUCACUAAGCCACUAGAUGUAAGGGAUUCUGAAGAAAAUGGAAAAGAUCACGAAAUCAAGGAUCAGAGUAGUUCAGAUGUGUCUGAAGAUAGAGACAAUGUAUCAGACAAUGAAAAAGAAAGAAAGAAGGAAAAGAACUGCACUCCUCCAAUGUUCUCUUCUCUGAAAAAUGAAAUCCUUGCUACAGUAACUUUCGGUGAAUCAGGAGGUUCAUCAACAGGACAAAUUACUGUGUGGGGCAAACCAGAUUUUGCAAAGUCUGUUAGCUUGGCUGCUGGAAUAAUUACUGCAGAAGUAAAACACAGGUCUUUUAAUGUGAAAGUAGAAAUUAAGAAUGUUUCUUUGUUUGAUUCUGGAACAAAUCUUGUGGCUGAGAAAAGGAAAAGUUCAAAGAACAAUAAACACUGCCAUGAAAGACACUACCAGAAAAGCCAGUGUUCAAGAUGUCCAAAAUACCAAAGUCCUCCAAAUGACCAUUCAGAAGUAGACAUUCGGAAGUGUAAGGGAACUUCUACACACAAAAUUCAAACUGCUCUCAACAAGAAUGCCUCCCUGAAAAUGAACUUUGAAGGAAAGGAAAUUAAAGUAGAAUAUAUUAACAAAAAGAAAAACCUAAAAGUUAACAUCAAACCUGGUAAACAGAGGAAAACCUGCAACAAGGAAUGUGGAGAUACAUAUUGGAAUGAAAUGGAUUAUUAUGCAACAAAGGCACCUUGCAAUACAGAUUGUGAAUCACAUUUUCACUUUCAUGAAAAAGAAGAAUUUAUAUUCCCAGAUGGGUCUAUAAUUCUCCCUCCACCUAAAGAAUUUGCUGACUGUGACAAAAUGCAUUUAGAUACUAUUGCAGAGGGGGUCUCUUCAUAUCCUGAUAAUGAAGGAGAGGAACCUGACAGCCUCACUACAGCCUUGAGAAUUUGGGAGGGGGAAAAUUACUUCUGUAAGUAUAACAAAAAUGAGUAUGAAGACCACAACAAUGAAAAGGAAGAUUUCUCAAAAGACAAAAUACUUUUCUCAAAAAUGAAUAAUACAAACAGUCUUCUAGCCAGUAAUACCUUGAAUAAUUCAAACAUUGGGAAGGAGCACAUCAAUAAGAACAGUGCAGCAGCUCAAGAAAGAAAUAACAUUUAUAAGUGCAAUGAUACAGGGCAAAAACCAGCAAGAAGAAAGUCCUUCCCUGAUACUACCCUUGAUGUACCAUCACCAGUUCACCCUAGAAGGGAUUCUGGCUUCUAUUCAUUACCAUCCUUGUCCUUAAAAGUACCACCUAAGGAGACCAAAGCAGACAUCUGUGGCAAGAACUCACACAUUCAUAACCACUGUACAGAACUUUGUAUGUGUCCCGACUUGACCUCUUCACUGAGAAAUUUGAAAGGUCUUAAGUCUCCAUAUCAGUAUGCUUUCACUUCAUUUGAUCAUAAUAUUGCCAUUUACCCAUCUGAGCCUGAAGAAAGUCUAGAUGAUACUUGCUUACUGAAUGACUAUGCAGACUAUGUGGGGCAAGGUGAGGAAACAGAAGAAAUACUAAUGGGAAGUCUUCAUUCCAUUGAUACUAUAAACGAGAAAAAAGAAAAUGGGCAUGCAGAGCCUUUGAGAAACCUAGCCAUAUGGGAGGAAGACAGUGAGUCUACUGAAGAUGUUUUAGAUGGAGAAAGACCAGAGUACAACCAUCUAGAGAAGCAUGUUGAUUUACAGAACAAAACUCAGGUACAGGUCUCUCCACUUUCUAGGACCCCCACAGGUGAACCUUUUAGUGACAAGGAAAGUACUAAUUAUGCUUCUAUAGAAUGCAUUCCAAACCAACUUUCAACCAUACAGAAAAAUGUUCAGACAUCCUCCACAGAACCUGAUGUAACAAAGAAAAGAAGAGGAUCAGUAAUGACUGUAAUAACUGGAGAACUAGAACGAAGACUCAUUGUCCAAGGUGAUACUAAAUUGGUACCUGAUUCCUUUGGCUCUGCAGUAAGAAAAGAGCCUAAACUUUUCUGUAGUACACAAGAAAAAUCUUUGCUAUCCCCCGUGCUAUUGGAUCUUGAGGAUCAUGACAUAGAUAAUGAAUUAGAAAGCUUUUCUGAAAUACAAGGUAUGUCUGGAAAUACCCUUCCUGAAAUCAAUUGCCAUAAUGAUUCUGUACAGACUGCCAUAUUAUCUCUCUCUUCAGCUUAUACUGAAAAGAAAGAAAUUUUCAUAGAACAAUCACAUAUCAAGGAAAGAACGGAGAACUUUUGUAGUAAACAAUCAACUGAUGACAGCAUAAGAACAGAGGCUGGAGCAAAUCAACUACCUCAGUUAGCCAAAUCCAGCUCUGAUGAAGUUGAGAAAAAGGUUGAAAUGAAAGAAGAUUUUCAACAGAAUAUAGAUUUCCCCCUGUCAUCAGUAAAACAGAUUAGUCAGAAAGACUUGAAAUCAGAAAUGAAUAAAAACAGAAAGAUACCAUUAAUGAAAGAUGCCAGAGCCAGCGACAGCUCCCAGGAAGAAGCAAUAGACCAAUGGGCCAGGAGACGGAAACAGUUCAAAGACAGCAAAAAAUGCAGUUCAGCUGGUGGAAGUUCCAUAACCAGCACAAUCACUGAAGGAUCAAUGAAUUCUGAGGAUGCUCGAUCUGUAGAUCUGGGACUACAUUCUGAAAAUGAGGACAGAGGUUUCUAUACAGAAAACUUUCAUUCUGCUUCCUGGGUUUUCAGAGGAGAUGAUGUCUCUCCUGAUAAUAGUCCUAGAUGUCUCAGCAAAAGACCUAGACCAGUGGCAAUUCGUGAAAGAACAGUGAAGAUUGCUAAAGGAACUGGCAACUACCCUUGGGGUUUCCGGAUCCAGUUCUCAAAACCUAUCCUUGUGACUGAAGUUGACACAAAUAGUGCAGCUGAAGAAGCAGGGCUUCAGGUUGGGGAUAUUCUGAUAGCAGUCAAUGGAACUGAUGUCACCAGCAUGCCACAUUCAGAAGCUGCUAAUCUGGCAAGGAAAGGUCCUGAUAUCUUGACCAUGGUUGUGGGAUCAGAUAUCAGCCGUUAUCCUAAUACUCCCAGGCCUGCCUGCCGAGGAUAUUUGCACAAACGAACACAGUCGGCAAUAUUAAAGGGAUGGAGGAAGAGGUGGUUUGUGCUGAAACAUAAUGGCUACCUCCACUAUUACAAACACAAGAAGGAUGAAGGGAAGUGCAGACCCCUGGAAGUAACAAAGUUGGAAGGAGCAGAAAUUGGUGCUGAUACCAGUCUGGGUAAACCAUUUGUUUUUAAGUGUAUCCCUCAAACUGGAAACAGGAUUUUCUAUUUCUGUGCAACUUCCAACCAAGAAAUGAAGAGGUGGCUGGAGGCUAUGGAGAAAGCUGUUCAUCCUGUCCAUCAGAACCAUGUGUGGGUAGAUGUCACACUGCAUAACACUACACUGCCGCCCUUGGCCAUCAAAAACCCAGAGUGCUUGGGGCUCCUCCACCAGCUGGACAGAAGCAAAGAUGUCUGGAUUCAGCACUACUGCAUUCUGAAGGAUGGCUGCUUGUACUUCUAUGCCACUCUCCGCUCCACACCUGCCCAAGGUGGCCUCUACCUCCAGGGAUAUAUUGUGAGUGAACAGUCUCUAGGCUCCAAAAGAUCUGUAAUUGAACUCAAACCUCCAUCUGAAGAGUUUAAAACUUUCUACUUAUGUGCAGAAAACGUUAACGAAAACAAAAGGUGGAUUACAGCUUUGAAAGCGUCUAUUAAUAAAUGGUUACCCCUCCACCAGGCAAUCCAAGAUUUCAUGAACAGACCACUGGAGGAGACAAGGAUGUGAGAACAGAACUCAUUUUCCCCCUCAGUUUCUGUUUUCCAUUAAAAACUUCAUGUUAUGUCUUUUGACCCAUCUCAAAAGAUGUUCUAGCAGCAGGUAAUCUUUAGCAUUGCUAUACAUUCAUAUGUUUUGCAAGUUUAGUAAAUAAAAUUAAAGCAAUAUUGCCUUCUUUGUGGCUAUCUUUAUUUUAUGCUUCUUUUCAGUUUUAGGAUUCGUAGGCCAUGCAUAACACUAGUUUGGCUUUGAAGCCAUGAAAUGACAUUUAAUUUAUCUGAUGCAACCAAAAGAGAAAGUACUAUAUUUCAAUUAUUUUGUAAUACACGAUAUCUUAUAUCUGAAUCACUUUUUAUUUGCAAAUGCACCCUUUGCUAAGACUUCUGCUUUACCAUCCCAGAGCUUCAUAUGUGGGUUUGCCUUUAUAAACAUAGAUGGUGUGAGGCCCAAGGUUGGGAUAGGACAGGCUGACUGAGUUGCUAAAAACUACAUACCAUU